AGUGAAACCAGUCAGUUUCAAGACAUUGAGGCGCGAAUAUAAUAGUGGAGAGAGAGAAGAGAAUAUUUCGUUCGUUCCUUUUCUUUUUCCAAUAUUUUUUUUUCUCUCCCUUUCUCUCUCUCCCUCUCUCUCUCUCUCUCUCUCUCUCUCUUUCCCUUCCUUAUUAUAUUUUUGUUCCACAUUUGAAUUUUUAAUAUUCAUCGAUUUUUUAAUCUUCUCUUAAUUCGAUAUCCUAUUUAAAUCUCAUUUUAUUUCUUUUAUCUUGUUUCGUUUUGUUCCUUUCCCUUUUUUUUUUUGAAAUAUUUCAAAAUAUAAAUAUCGAUUAAAAUCACAAAGUAUAUUUUCUUUCCACUUGGUUUUUCUUUUUCAUUUUUUUUUUCUUUAUUUUUUUUUUUUUUUGUGUUAAUAUUCGAGUGUUAUAAUACGCGAGAAGCCAUAUCGUCGUCGUCGUCGUCGUCGUCAUCGUUGUCAUCGUUGUCGAUAUCAUCGUCGGUGACUAAACAUCACUGGUUUGGUUUAUUCUCCGAUUAGAGAAAAUUUCUCUCUAGAAAGAGAGAGUCUCGCUUGAAAGUGCAUCAUUCUUUUUGUUUGAGAAUCCUAAGAAGAAGGUUUGUCGGACGAGAGAUCUUUGUUUCUUAGUGUUACUUAUAUCAAUACUCGGCAACAGAUAUAUAAUUAUUACAGUUUUGAAACAUACGGUGAGAAGAAAGUCGACCAGUCAAAAGGUCAAGUGCAUAAAACGGAAAAGAAAGGGAGAAAGAAAUAUAUAAUUUUGCAAAAUAUCUCCUUCUUAUUAUAAUUCAAGGCUGACUUCUUUCUCGUGAAGAAAAAAGAAAGAAGAAGAAAAGCGUAUGUGUGCCUGUGUAUGCGUGUAUAUAUAAAAGGAGAAAACCAAAAAAAUAAAUCGCGAUGAAGCUCGAGGGAAACUGCUCGAAGGACGACGAUGCCAAUGGGAUAUUAUUACAAUCCAGGAAAAAUUCAGCUGUUCGGUUACAAGUUAUACCAGCGCCGCCAAAAACUAUCACUCAUUUACCAAAGAGGCCACCAGUAGAUUUGGCCUUCUCUGAUCUCGUUUAUAAAGUUCGAGAAGGACGCAAAAACAAUGUAAAAACAAUCUUAAAAUCUGUAAGCGGAAGACUCCGUUCUAGCGAGUUAACAGCCAUUAUGGGACCAUCAGGUGCUGGAAAGUCGACUCUUUUGAAUAUACUCACUGGAUACAAAUCGGCAGGAGUAGAAGGAAGUAUAACGAUGAAUGAACAAGAAAGGAAUUUAAGUGUCUUUAGAAAACUCUCUUGCUACAUCAUGCAAGAUAAUCAGCUUCAUGGCAAUUUAACUGUCGUCGAAGCUAUGAAGGUCGCUGCAAGUCUUAAACUUGGUAAACACGUUCCAAAAGACGAGAAAGAAGAAGUGAUACAAGAAAUAUUGGAAACACUCGGUUUAUCCGAGCACAAACAUACUAUGACCUCAAACUUAAGCGGUGGUCAAAAGAAAAGACUUUCGAUCGCCCUUGAACUUGUCAAUAAUCCUCCUGUUAUGUUCUUCGAUGAACCCACGAGUGGAUUGGAUUCGUCAUCUUGUUUUCAAUGUAUAUCCCUCUUGAAGACAUUGGCUCGUGGUGGAAGAACAAUCAUUUGUACGAUUCAUCAGCCAAGUGCAAGAUUAUUCGAAAUGUUUGAUGCUUUGUACACCCUGGCCGAAGGUCAAUGCGUUUAUCAAGGAUCUACAUCUCAGCUGGUACCAUUCUUAAGAACAAUUAAUCUCAAUUGUCCAAGUUAUCAUAAUCCAGCAUCUUUCAUAAUCGAAGUCGCUUGUGGGGAAUACGGUGAUAAUUUGAAAAAUUUGGUGAACGCGAUAAAAAAUGGAAAAUAUGAUAUACGCGAAGGUCAUCCAUUUCCUGAUAUUAAAAAUGAUGGUUUGAAUAAUAGCGGAGCGAACUCGAGUUUCGAGAAGGACAUAGAAAUAAUUGGGAAUGUACGAGAAGUGGUUAAAGAUAAAAAUGAUGUCAGUAAUAUCGAGGAAAAAUUUCCAGAGAAUGAACAAACAAAGGAAGUUAAUAACGGUGGAAUUAUUCCAAGUUAUGCCACGAAUGACAUUAUCAAGCAAGCUAACGAUGUAACGAUAUCUAUUUCUAAUGAAAAAGAUAACGUCAAUGCGGCACUUCUCAAUAAUACGAUCAUCGUUACACCGGAAAGAUAUCCUACCUCAGAAUUCGUACAAUUCUGGAUCGUUUUAAAGAGAACGUUACUUUUCAGUCGAAGAGAUUGGACUCUGAUGUAUCUUCGUCUAUUUGCACAUAUUCUGGUAGGCUUUUUGAUAAGUGCCCUUUAUUAUGAUAUCGGUAAUGAUGGUGCUAAAGUACUAAGCAAUCUUGGAUUUUUAUUCUUCAACAUGUUAUUCCUUAUGUACACGUCCAUGACAAUUACAAUUUUAUCCUUCCCGUUAGAACUUCCAGUACUUCUCAAAGAAAAUUUUAACAGGUGGUACUCCCUGAAAGCGUAUUAUUUGGCCAUCACUUUGUCGGACAUACCUUUUCAAGCCAUCUUUUGUAUAAUUUACGUAACAAUCGUUUAUUUCUUAACGAGUCAACCAGCCGAAAUGAUGAGAUUCAGCAUGUUCCUAAGUGCCUGCCUGUUGAUAUCAUUCGUCGCACAAUCUGUAGGUCUCGUAGUUGGUGCUGCCAUGAAUGUACAAAAUGGCGUAUUUUUAGCGCCAGUAAUGUCAGUACCGUUUCUACUAUUUUCGGGUUUCUUCGUCAGUUUCGACGCUAUUCCUGUUUACCUUAGAUGGAUAACCUAUCUUAGUUAUAUCAGAUAUGGUUUUGAAGGAACAGCAUUAGCCACUUAUUCAUUUGCACGAGAAAAACUCAAAUGCUUCCAGGUAUACUGCCACUUUAAAAAUCCAGAAACAACGUUGGAGGAACUCGACAUGCUUGAUGCUGAUUUCACUUUGGACAUUCUUGCACUUCUUUUGAUAUUCGUUAUUCUACGAAUCGCUGCGUAUCUAUUUCUCCGUUGGAAAUUAAAAUCAGCCCGAUAAUAAUUAUUAAAUUUAUCAAUUGUAUUUUCUUUCAAAUUCACGAUCUCGACGGUAGUCUAAAGAUUAAGAAAGAAAUACAUUCCUCGUUCUACGAUAAAAGAUCGGAAGAUCGAUCAAUGUGACUUUGUUACCAAUGGUAUCGAAUAUAUUUCGAAUUUAUGAAUAAUUAUAUUUUGACGAUCUUUUGAUUCGCUUGCCGAUACUUCACGUAGAAAUGUAAAAGAUAAUCUACUGUGUGUAAUGAACGAGAGAAAAUCGUGCCGAAAUGAAAUCGAGAAAAAUAUAACAAUGAGAUCAAUAACCGUUUGAUUGCAAAUGCCGUAUCAUUGAGAGAUUUUUUAUACGAUACGUACAACAGCCUGUGAUCUUUCUAUCUAGAUAAAUAUCAUAUUAACAAAAUUUUAAGUCUAUCUUAAAAAAUUUUUGAAAUAUAUAUUAUAUAUACAUAUAUAUAUUUCUUUUUUUAUUUGUUUUCUCUCUCUCUCUCUCUCUCUCUCUAUAUAUAUAUAUAUAUGUAUAUAUGUACGUAUAUAUAUUUAUCUAUAUAAUAAAACUAUAAACUGGUCAAUAAUUGUCCAAACGUACGAAAUUACUUCAUAACUAAUUUUAGAUUAACGAAAAAGCUGGUUUGCUGCAAAACGGUUAAAAAAAAUUAAUGCAAAAAGAAAAAAAGAAAGAAAAUAGAAAGAAUGAAACGAAGAAGAAUUCUUCAAAAUGUUCAAUCUCAAAGUUUUCACGCAGAAAAAAAUUAUCGUUUAGCUAUUCUUCUUUCUCCAUUUAUUAUAUUAUACCACUCUAAAUCUAUAAAAUAAUUUAUUUAUCUUUUAGUUUCUAAUUAUUCUAUAAAUGACGGUGGUUAACUAUAAGUCAUGUGCUUCUUUUAUUCAGGGUACUAUAUAUCUCUCUAAUGUUAUUAUAAAUUUAUUAUUAUUAUCGUUAUUAUUAUUAUUAUUGUUAUUGUUAUUAUUAUUAUUAUUAUUAUUAUUAUUAUUAUUAUUAUGAUCGCUAACAUUAUUUUUACUAUAAUUAGAUUUUUUAUAACAAAUUGAUUAUGAAUGUAAAUUCUGAAUUUAUAUGUAAGUCAUUAUGACCAUAAUGAAAUCAUGAUCAUUUGUCAAAGAUCAUUUGUUAACAAAAAAAUAGAUAGAAAAGAAACGUAUGAUUUUUUCUUCUCUAUCCUUCAUUUUUUUAUGUUUUUAAUAAUUGUCACUCAUAAUUCAUGAAUGUAAUCUAGGCGUAGCAUUGCCAUAAAAUGACCUUUCAUAGUCGAUAAUAAUAAUUAUUAUACCGUGGUUGUUUAUGCAAAUGUGUAGUUUUAAUGAGGAAAAAAAACAAAGAAAAGAUAAAAGUACACUUGAGAUUUGGACAAAUAUUUAUUAUAUCAUGUAUUAUAAAAAUGUAUAUUUUAUUCUGCAUUAUUUAUUGUGGAUAUAUUUACAUAUUUACUAAAUUACAUAUUUACAUAUUUUACUAAACUAAUAUGUAUGAAUAUAUUCACGAAUAUAGACAUUCUUUUUAAAAAGUAAUUAUAUAUAUUAUAAUAUUAUCUGCAAGCAGUAAAAGUUAAGGAGUACAUAUUUUUAAUAUACUAUCACUUCUAUUUUUAUUUAAUGAAUUUUCAUUGUUAUAUCCAUUUAAAUUAUCCAAAUAUUCGAAUAGAAUAAUUUUAGUAAUUAUGAUUUACAUAUUAUUACUUCACUUUUAUUUUCUUUCUUUCUUUUUUUUCUUCUCUGUUGAUUAAUUUAUGGCUGUGAGUGUAUGAAUCCAAAAUUUCGCGAUAAUGCGUAUCUUCUCAAAAGUUUAAUCUCUUCACAUUUGAUUCUAAUUAUCAAGAGAAAAAGAAAAUAUAUAAAAGAUCCUUAGCUUACACUAUUAACACAUAUAAUUUUUCUAGAUUAAUUGUACACGAUAAGAGAGUUAAAUAUUCGUAUUCGUAUGCUGAUAUAUAUUGUGAAUCUUUCAUUUUUUAUAUUAUAGCUUAAUAUAUGACAAAUAACUUUAAUUACGAAAAGACAAAUUGAUUAACAAAAAAUAAUUCAGAUUAUUAAUCUAAUCUUUGAGAAAGAUUAGAAGGUGAGAAGUUCUUUCAACGUAAAUAAAUAUUUAUAUUUCAUAUAUUAGAGGAAUAAGAAAAGAACGUGAAUUUAUGAGACAAAUAAUGUCGAUUGAAAAAAAAAAAAAAAAACAAACAAAUAUAUAUAUAUAUAUAUAUAA